AUGUUGAGAAUCAGCCGUUGUACCGUCAAUCCCUCGAUGAGAGCAGUUUUUGGUGUGCGGUGUAUGUCUAGUGCCAUGGCUAAAGCCACUCAAGGCGGAGUGACUAGCUACUGGACUCAAGCCGAGAUUAGUGAAAUAUACCACACGCCGUUGAUGGAAUUGGUCCACCAGGCGCAAUUGCAGCACCGGCGGUUCCACAACCCGCGCGAGGUCCAGCUCUGUACUUUGCUCAAUAUUAAGACGGGCGGGUGUUCUGAAGACUGUGGCUACUGUGCCCAGCUGUCUCGCUACGACACGGGGGUCAAAGCGGAAAAGAUGGUUGAUAUUGAGACGGUGAUGGCCAAAGCCCGCCAGGCCCGGGCCAACGGGCUGACCCGGUUUUGCAUGGGGGCGGCGUGGAGAGAAAUGAAAGGAAGAAAGCUGGCGAUGAAACGCAUCGGCGAAAUGGUGACGCGAAUCAACGACGAGUUGGGGAUGGAGACGUGUGUCACUUUGGGGAUGAUCGACGAGGCUCAGGCUCGGCAGUUGGCGGCGGCAGGGCUCACUGCCUAUAACCACAAUAUCGACACCAGCCGCGAACACUACCCUAACGUCAUCACCACCCGGUCGUUUGACGACAGAUUAAACACGAUUAAAAACGUCGCUGACGCCGGUAUUAAAGUGUGUACGGGAGGCAUUUUGGGCCUCGGGGAGACGGAACAGGACCAUGUGUCGUUCCUCCACACACUAGCCACGAUGACGCCGCACCCGGAACUGCUCCCGAUCAACCGGCUAGUGCCGAUCAAGGGGACCCCGGUGGAAGCGACGAUGGCCACGUUGGUCGACCAGACCCGCAAGCUCUCGUUUGACGCCAUUUUGCGCACCAUCGCCACCGCCCGCUUGAUCAUGCCCCAGCUGAUUGUGCGCCUCGCCGCCGGCCGCUACACGAUGAAGGAGCCGGAACAGUUCCUCUGUUUCAUGGCCGGCUGCAAUGCCAUCUUUACCGGCGAGAGAAUGUUGACGACAAUGUGUCUGGGGUGGGACGAGGAUAAGCAGAUGCUUGAGAAAUGGGGGAUGACGCCGAUGGCGCCGGCACCGGCGCCGCCUCAGCAACCGGUUCGGCAACCGGUUCGGCGGGCCCCUCAACCUCAACCAGAGGCUGUCGUAAUGUAG